UUUUUUUUAAUAAUGAAUAUAUUAGAUUAUGAUUUUUGUGUAUUUUCAUCUAAUGGUCAAUAUUUAGCUGCUGCCCUUGGUUAUAAUCUGCUUAUCAUAAAGAGUCCUUUUGUUAAUCCUUGCAUCACUACAAAAGCUUCAUACAUUAUUGAUGGUCUUCAGUGGAAUUGUGAAUGCAAUCGUUUAUUGUGUUCUCAGUUAAAAAAUAACUCGUUACAAAUCUAUGAUUUGCAUUCCAAAAUGUGGACACAUAAAAUAAGAUGUGGUUUUUUUAAAUUCAUUGAUUCUAAUUGGAUCGGAUCAGACAAAAUUUUAAUAACAUUGGAGUAUUUCAUGGCAUUAGCAGUUUUAAAUUUAAGGGAUUGUAGUGUUUUUUAUAUUGAAGUACCUAAACCCAUUCAACCUUGCAUAGCUUUUAACAGUAGUGGUAAAACUAUGUUUGUAAUUACCAAAAUUAAUGGCUUUGAAAAAUUAUUGAUGUUGAAUUUAAAAAAAAUAAAAAGAAUUUUAUAUCUUCAAGAUUUUAUUGGACAUUGUAAUGGAAUAUAUAAAUCCCCUAAGGAAAAUUACUUAUGUAUUUUUAACAAUAAAAAUUUAGCAAUCAUCUGUUUUUUAACUGGUGACAUAAUUGGUAAAUAUCAAUUUACAUCUUUAAUCACUGUGUGCUGGGCACCAAAUGAUAAAUUUUUAGCACUUGGAUGUUCCGAAGGUACUAUUAUUGUUUUAGAUAGCACUAAUGAUUUCAAUGUUACGUUUAAAUUACAUCAUUGUAUAAAUCGUGAAUACAAUUUUGAUUAUUACAAAGAGUAUAGUGGAGAUUUGAUUAAAAUAAACUCAAUGUACAUAUAUCCAAAAGAAAAUUUGACUAACAUUUCAUUAAUUAGAUGGAGUUUUUGUGGUAAAUAUUUAUGUACACUUGGGGAUGACUUAUGUUUGCAUAUAUGGAAAAAAACAAAGUUAAUAUGUAUUGUGGAAUUUUCAUCAAACGUUAAGCAAGUUUCUUGGUCACAUUCAGAAAUUAAACUAUGUGCAGUUUUUGGAACACAAUCAAUAUUUUUAUGGACUGACCAAAAUUGUCCAAUAUUAAAAAAAUUACCAAACUUUACAAGUGGAAAUAGAAUGUUGGCUACUAAUAUAUCGUGGUCAUAUAAUAACAAAUAUGUAAUUUUAGUAAAGAGCCAUUUCAGAAUAUCGCAUAAAGUUACUCUUUUGAACAAUUUAUAAUUUGAUAUGAUAUAUGAGC